CAGUACUGACGGCCUGAUACCAGCAUCAACUAAAUACCUUUUAACAAUGACGUGCCAAACCUAAAACGUACAGCCAAAUGCUCAGUUGUCAGGUUUCCUGUGAACAUCAGGGUGCAAUUUGAAAGCAAACAAAAAUUCACUGAAAUUGGAAAAAAACAUAAAUCAUCUGUGAGUUGGGACACCAUCUUGGAGCGGAGACAUGUAUUGGGACAAAGCUUCCGAUUCAACCAUGGUUUCUCUGCUGGUGGUAUCAACGGUUCUAGCUAAUACUAUGGCGUGGGUCGACCUAGCGCCUGUGUAUACGGUAGAGGAAGCAUACUCACCAAACCGAUACAUUGUUAUCUUAAAGGAAGAAGUUCCAGCCAAAAGGUUCGCUGAAGACUUCCAAAUACAGGCACGUGACCUGGGUGAUGCCAACUGUAAAAUCAUCAAUACAUUCAGUAGCGCCCUCAACGGUUUCGUUGCAGAAAUGACCGAGGACUGCAUGGCAACAGUGCGUAAAAAUCCCUCUGUAAGGUUUCUCGAGGAGGACUCUCAGGUCAGGGUGCUACCCUUUGACCACAUUGACAACGUCCAUUCACUUCCCUUAAAGUCAUGGGGUCUAGACCGAUUAGAUCAACGCAACCUGCCACUCGAUGGAGUCUACAACCCAGACGGUACCGGAGAGGGAGUCAACGUAUACGUAAUCGAUACUGGCAUACGAACUACCCAUGAAGAAUUCGAGGGACGUGCGAAGAUUGCAUACGACGUGUUUGGAGGAAACGGUCAAGAUUGUCAUGGCCAUGGAACCCACUGCGCAGGUAUCGUGGGAGGCGCCCUCUGUGGCGUGGCAAAGAAAGCCUCCAUCUUUGGCAUUCGAGCCAUGCACUGCAAUGGCAAGGCGUCCAGUUCUGAUCUCAUUAAAGCAAUUGACUGGCUGGUAGAUCACGCCAGAUCCCCCGCCAUUGCCUCUAUGUCCAUUGGUGGUGCGGCGACAGAGGCGCUCGACAUGGCCGUGAAGGAACUGAUGAAGGCGGGAGUGUUUGUUGUCACUGCUGCCGGAAAUGAAAGGGCGGACUCGUGUACGAGAUCACCUGCCCGCGUGCCAGAGGUGCUGACGGUUGGGGCCGUGUCCGUAACAGACACGUUAGCGACUUUCUCCAACUAUGGAACCUGUGUAGACGUCUUUGCUCCCGGUGUGUCCAUUGUCAGUGCAGGAAUCAGCAGCGAUCAUGCUCACAUGUCGAUGAGUGGUACAUCUAUGGCAUGUCCACACGCUGCCGGCGCAGCUGCUAUCCAGCUUUCCAAGAACCCAAACUUGACAAUGCAGGACCUACAGCGCGCCCUCAUCGAUAACGCAACCCCAGGUGUCGUCUUAUCGGAGAGACGACAAACUCCGAACCGCCUUUUGUAUGUCCCGGAUGCUGAUGAAGCCGGACAGGGCAAAUAGAGCAUCAAAGUACACGAGAAAAGAAGCCUUUAAGGGAAAAUUUGAGGACAAGUGUGCUUUAUUUUUGCCACUGUUUAAGAAAGAAUUAAAGGCAGAAAACUACUAUUGUAAAGGAUAAUCAUACCACAAUUCACAAUUCACGAAAAAAUGACGGAAUUUCACUGAAAUAAAUCAUUCGUUGAGUGGAAAAUCUAUGUUGUGUUAUAUAUAGCAGCACAUAGCAAUAACUUAUAAUGAUACAGAGAAAUUCAUGUUAUCCAAGUGUACGCCUACAUUCUGUUUUCCUUGAUAGUAUUUCCCAUCUAAAAGAAAAUUCUAAGAAGUGGUUGAAAAUACCUAAUCAGCGAUUUGUUAUUAAUUCAUAUUUAAAACGCAGCCACAUCAAUCAUCAAACAUGUAAUGCAAGAUGACAGCUAUUAAAAGCAGCUAUGAGACAUUUAAUUGGUAAUUUUAAAAGUUCAACAAUUACACGAGAAUCCUUCACAUACUGUACGGCGAACUUGAGUGUCUAUAUUUGGGUUAACAAUUUGAAAGGCUAGCUGUCGAGUCAACUCACCGGGGCUGAUAGCGGGGUAUGGAUCAGGGGUGAGCAGGAUGACUGUAUACGGUCAAAACUCCAGUCUAGUCGGUACAAGCACCUCAGGUUACACGCUCAACGAUGCUUAGUUGGAAUCACUUACUUGCUUAAAGUAACGAGAAUAACAGGAAGAUCGAUACAUUGGAA